GAUUGGGCCAAUAGUCGUGUUUCACGAUGUAGCCGUUGACCAAUAAAGAGUCGACAACACUAUGCCUUGCGCAUUUUAAAAGCCACGUAAAGCCACAAGAAUCUUAGAGAACAAAUCUUGUCGUGGCAGAGAAGUUGACGUUCACUUGGAUAAGAAGCCGGUUUCAAAAAAGUCAGAAUGCAUUUAUUAACAAUAUUAUCCAUUUGUUUGCUCGGUUACACAUGUUCUGCAAAAGAAGAGGACGUUAUUGAACUUGGAGACAGUGAUUUUGAGUCGAGACUAGCGGAGCAUGAAGCGGCUCUUGUGAUGUUUUAUGCACCUUGGUGUGGACACUGCAAAAGAUUGAAACCAGAAUAUGCUAAAGCAGCAGAAGAUUUGAUCAGAAAUGAUCCCCCUGUGGCUCUAAUAAAGGUUGAUUGUACCGAAGCUGGAAAAGAAACUUGUAACAAGCAUGGUGUGAGCGGAUAUCCAACACUGAAGAUUUUCCGUAACGGAGAGGUGUCUCAGGAUUAUAAUGGACCAAGAGAAGCAGCAGGCAUUGUAAAAUACAUGAAAGCUCAAGUUGGACCAAGCUCGGUAGAAUUAAAGACAGCAGAAUGCCUGAAAAAAUUCCUAACUGCAGAAAAGGAAAGUGCUGUAGUCGGUUUCUUUGAAAAAGAAUCCGAUUUGAAAGCUGCGUUCAUGAAAAUUGCCGAUAAACUGAGGGAAAAAGUGAGAUUUGCCCACAGUUCUUUCAAAGAACUUUUGGAGAGCCAAGGUGUCAAAGAUGGAAUCGUUCUCUUCCGCCCCGCUCAUUUGCAAAACAAAUUUGAAGAUAAUAGUGUUAAGUACAGUGGAAAAGCUGAUUCUGGCGAUAUUAACAAGUUCAUUACAGAAAACUUUAAGUAUUACUUCAUCAAGAAAUUUUUAAAUUCUACAUUUGCAGUUAGUUCCUCAGACGAAUUCCAACACGAACUUAAUGAAUUUGGCUUGGACUUCGUAAAAGGAGACAAACCUGUUGUUACUGCCAGAGAUGGCAAAAAUCAGAAAUUCAUUCUCAAAGAUGAUUUCUCCAUUGAAGCCCUGGAGGUAUUUGUCAAUGAUGUUUUGGAAGGUAGCCUUGAGCCUUAUCUUAAAUCCGAGCCAAUCCCAGAAACGAAUGAUGAACCCGUAAAGGUGGCAGUGGCAAAGAACUUCGACGAUAUUGUCACAAACAACGGUAAAGACACUCUCGUUGAAUUCUAUGCUCCUUGGUGUGGACAUUGUAAAAAACUGACCCCAGUGUAUGAAGAAGUUGCAGAAAAGCUCAAAAAUGAGGAUGUUGCUAUUGUCAAGAUGGAUGCUACAGCCAACGAUGUUCCAUCUCUGUUUGAUGUCAGGGGCUUCCCAACUCUUUACUGGAUACCUAAAGAUUCCAAAGAUUCUCCAGUUAGAUACGAAGGUGGCCGUGAGGCGGAUGAUUUCAUAAAAUACAUUGCUAAACAUGCCACAAAUGAACUGAGAGGUUAUGAUAGGACUGGAAGUCCGAAAGCUGAUAAGACUGAACUGUAAUACUUGUGAAUUCGGAGUUGUUUAAUUUAUAUAGUUUAACAUAUUUGAUAUAAUUUUGUAAUUCCAUAUAGUAAGGUACUUUUUUCAAUAAAUCUGGUUUCUUUAUUUUUUACAUUCAUUUCAGUCAUGUUAUGAGUAUUUCCGAAAUGUUCUAGUGCUCCCUUGGAUUGUAAUUUAUGACGCACAAUUAUAUAGAAUGAGGUAGGA